AAACCAUUAUAAAAGUUGUAGUAUUUGUUGCAUAUACAAAAGCUCAAAGAUGCAAACAAGAGUGGCGAUUUCUUCAGCUACAAAACUUCAUCGACUCUUAUUGGCACAAUCUCAGAAGAGUGUUGAAUACCUCCCAAACAGAUUUUGCUCUUCUACUGUAGGUCGAACAGCUGAUCCUGCCGUCCAUUCUGGACCUCUUGAAGGAGAUGACUUAGAAGAAUCAGUAAAAGUAGCAGAAAACGAAAGGAAACAACCAAAUAUAAAUCCCGGUAAAGAUAACGAUGCAUUUGCGCCACCAAAAUCACCAACCGGGUCAUCCCAGAAGAUAGAGAGUACAGGGGUAAACAAACCGAUAGACCCUUUGACACAGCAAAAGCGACAGAAAUCCAAUGUUAGCCGCUCCAAUGGAGCGCUAUCAUUAGAAGAUGUUAGCUGCGUGGGAUUAGACGGUACACCGUGGCCUGACGAAGCGAAAGACAGAGGAGCACAAUUAGAAGAUGACAGAGAAUACUUCAAGCAUCAUAAACCAUCUCCAUUGGCAGAGAUGGAGAUGGCUGAUACGAGGAAGCCUAUUACACAGGCGACUGAUGCACCACCGGGAGCUGGUGUCGCAUUUUAUCCCGCACCUGACGGCGGGGUAAUGGUAUGGAGGCCGGAGCAAUUGGAGACUGCUGAAGAGGCUCUGCUGAAUGCGAUGGAGAUAUGGAAACAGAACGCUAUGAGAGGUGAUCCUGAUUCACCACAUGGUAGGAUUCUAAGACAACUUCGUGGUGAGAACUGGUAAUCUGAUGACUAGUUAGUGAUGAUUAGUGGCUAGUACCAGGUCUUUGGUUUUCUGUUUUUUGUUUAUUGUUACGGUGCUGCUUUACUUUGUCCAAUUUCACGAGCUAAAAACACCAUGUGCGUAAAGUGUUUUGAGGCCUGUAGACCGUAAGGAUCUAAAUUAGUCUAAGCUUGAAUUAGCAAUCUACUCUAAUGUUUUUCUGUAAGUACAUGAGAAGUGAUGGAUACCGUUAUUUUUUCGGAUAUGAAUAAGUCUAAGCUAGAAUCA